AUGCAUACAUUCAAGCUUCUCCAAGCUUGUGUGAAGUUUGGAUACCACCCAAAAGUUUGGAGACAUGGCAUUAUUGUUGUUAUACCUAAACCUAAGAAACCUGACUAUUCAAAGCCAAGAGCAUACCGACCAAUUUCCUUACUUAAGAUUCCAUCUAAAGUACUGGAAAAAAUUAUACAAAAAAGAAUGACCAAGCUUACAACACACUUACUUCCACCAGAGCAAUAUGGGGGAAGACAAGGUUAUUGUGCUACUGAUGCUGUUUUGGAACUUGUCCAAAGAAUUGAAACUAGUAAAGAAAAAAUUUCAGCUAUGCUCAUUGAUAUUCAAGGAGCUUUUGAUAAUGUUAACAGAAAUAUAUUGGCACACACAAUGGAGGAUAUGAAACUACCCAAAGCACUUAUAAACUGGACGUACCAAUUUGUAAGUGAAAGAGAAGCUAGUAUGCUCAUGGACCGAAGAAAAGGAUCAGUGCAAAAAAUUAGUACUGGAAUUCCGCAAGGCUCACCUAUUUCACCACUACUUUUUUUGAUAUAUUCCACACCAAUGUAUCAUGCCAUUAAAGAAUGGGGUGGAACUCCUUUUGGCUUUAUUGAUGAUGUGACUAUUACCGUUGAAGGUAAAAUUGAAGAAAAUACCAAAAGCUUAAGCAACAUAUUAGAAAAAUGUUGUAAUUGGGCUAAAUCAAGAAUGACCAAAAUUGAUUUGGGUGAUAAAUUGGGUUUUAUUCAUUUUACAAAAAAUGUGAAACCUAAAGAAGAGAAAGUGCAACUUACUUUACCUAAUGGAGAACUUCGUGAACUCCAGAAGGAAGUUAAAUUGCUUGGAAUUACUUUGAACAAUCUGCUUGAUUUUAAAUCUCAUAUUUUGGAUAAAAUCAAUAAAGCAAGAAAAGCUGUUGGUGCUAUUUGGCAUCUUGGAGGCGUGCAAAAAGGUAUGCGAGGGUCUGCAGUCAGAUCACUGUAUAUUGCUUGCGUGAGACCAAUUGUUGAAUAUGGCUUAGAAAUUUGGCAUCAUAAAAUCUUGAAAGGAGAAAUCCACAAGUUGGAAGUGAUGCAGAACAUGGCUUUAAGAAGAAUUGUUGGUGCUUAUCGCACAACUCCUAUUGCGGUAUUACAAAAGGAAGCUGGUAUAAUGCCAUAUAGUAUUAGGCUAAAAUUUAUGGUGGCACGAAAAGCUAUUCGUUUACACCUAAAUAUUAGCAAAACUAAUCCUAUUAAUGGUCAUUUGUUAACAUUGAUUGAGAAAUCUCCAAUUGCAAAGCUAACCACGCUUUACAUAUUGGCGAAAGAUGAUAGAGACUACAUGAUUAAAAAGGAUGAAAAACGAAAAUGCAAGAGGGUUGAACCUCUUACACUGAAACAACAACAGAAUCAGACGAUUGGAAUUUUGAAGAAACAAGCAAUGGAAGAAUGGCAGGAAAUGUAUUGGAACAGCAGUAAGGAUCUGUGGUAUCAUAAUAUCACAGUGGAGUCGAAAUGUACUGAUAAUCUUUCUAAAAUGGUUACGGGAGUGAUCAUGAAGAAAGAUAGUCGAAGGAUCUUGAGUAAUAUUACUCAGUUUCGCACAGGCCAUGGCAACUUUGGCGCAUGGUUUAAAAAGUUUGGAAUUGAAAAGGAUAGUUACAACUGCAAAUGUGGAGAGCUGGAAACAGUUCAUCACAUUUUAGUUGAGUGUCCUUUGCUUGAAGAGGAAAGAAAAGGACUGAAACGGAUAUCUCCAGAGAUGGACAUGUCGACUCUCUUAAACAGUUUAACUGGCUUACAAGAGAUUGUAAGCUUUAUCUCUGCUUGGAGGGAUUAA